UCCUACUGGUACUGUAGUAUUUUCUCUCCGUAUCAGAGAGCGAAAGCCGAUAGUAAAGGGCACCAGCUACACUGGUCUAUCACAAUCGAAUUAAAGGUGGAGUAUUCUUCUCUAUAGUACUUACUGAAUUAGGUGUGUCGCUCUCACGAAGUCGAGUCGAGCGUGAAAAAAAAACUAAACCAAACAGAUAGGAAUCCAACCGAACGGUACGAUYAAGAACCAUUUCCAGCAAGAUGUCGAGCAACAGCAAUCGAGACAGCGGCUACCCCUCCGGUGAUAAAAAGGGCGCCGAAGACGACYACGAGAACCGUGAUCAAAGCCGCAGCCGAUCCCCUCCCCCACGCCGGGGGAGCGGGGGCCGRAACAGCCGUCGCAGUCGCUCCCGGAGCUACUCGCGGUCCAGGUCCCCCCCAAGGGACAGGGGCCGCCGCGACCGCGAUCGGCGACACAAUUCGUCUCCGCCUCGAGAUCGUCGGGGCGGAAGAGGCCGCUCCCGGAGUUUUUCAGGCUCCAGAAGCCGCUCCCCGCCACGCGUGAGUUCAAUAUUGUUUUCUUGUUUUUUUUGGUCAUGUCACGCAAUGUCGUGUUGUAAUGAAACGUAUUUUUUGUGGUACCCGGUCAGCGCAGUUCGAUGCCAGCCUCAUGUCUAAAUUACAUACGUGAUGCGGUACACUGGACAACCCAACAGCAAACAAACGCAUUCCUCAUAGUUUUGUACACUUGCUUAUCUCUUCUUGUUCAAUGAAUACGAAAAAUAUGUUCGUUGUGGUUUCUGAUCCAUGCUCCAUGCCUUUGUUGGGAACGAAACAGGGAGGACGCUACGACCGGGACCGGGGUCGAGACGACUCUUACGACCGACGUGGACCUCCCGGAGGCGGGUACGACCGCGGSCCCCCCGACGACUAUCACCGUGGUGGUGGUGGCAGACGAUACGACAAUCGUGGCGACUACGGACCCAGAGGCGGGCGAGGCAACCGUCCGCCACCGCACCAUGACAACCACUACCACCACGAUAACCACCAUGGUCCCCGAGGCGAUCCCUACGGACCGCCCCGCGGCCGAGGACCUCCUCCCUACCACAACCAAAACAGGGGUGGUGGUGGUGGAGGCCGAAGGGAUCGCAACCGCCGCGACGAGGGCAUACCGGGAAUUUCCCUGUUGGUGAGGAACAUUGGUCCCCAGAUCACGAGCCACGACCUCGGCUUGGCYUUUGGGCGCAUCGGGGACGUCCGAGACGUGUACAUCCCCAGGGAUUAUCACUCGCAACAAUCCAAGGGCUUUGCCUUUAUCGAGUACGCCGAUCCCGAACGUGAGUCGAAUAAUCGCAGCUGUCUCGUUCUUGGAGUAUUCAUUGGCUUCRCACUUUGCUUGCCUUGUUUUCUUCGUGCAUUUCUAAUGUCCUGUGCACAUGUUCUUUUUUCCACUGUUUUCUUUGUUUUUUCAGAGGCUCGAGAGGCACGUGACGAGAUGGACCGAUUCCGCAUCAAGGGGUGCGAAUUGGAGGUUGUGUUUGCCCAAGAGCGCCGAAAGUCUCCGAACGAGAUGCGGGGACKGGUGGUCAACCAACAGAACCAUGGUGGCGGUGGUCGCAACAACAGGGACCGAUCCUCCUCCUUUGAACGUCACCAAAGACGCCGACGCGAUAGCAACAACAACAAGGACAGAAACAACAACGACAACGGAGAGAAAAAGAUGGAUUCGUCGGACGAGAAUGAUGGCGAGAAAAAAGAGCAGUCUCCUGUUGCCAAAGACGGAGAAGAAUAAAGAGAUAGAAAGAAAGAAACGAUAUUCGUCGGAAACAGUAACUGCGCGAUUGCAUUUUGUACGCUUGAUCGCGACUUUCAACAUGAGUGGUCGAAGAAUUCGUGAGUAUUGAAUCUUGACCAUGCAUCUUUUAGGAUUCAAAUGAAGAGAAUCAAAUGAAGAGAAAAACGGAACUAGGGUAAGUAUUCAUAWAAAGAUUCAAAUAGCGGGGAGCAAUCGUCGUGGCCGAAUCAGAGUCGUCGACGGGUGCACCCCGGUCGUUCAAGUCGGAACAGGUUUAGCGAGUAUGAUAACAAAUUAGUGAUGGAAGUAGUGCUCAAACCAAGGCAAGACAAGAAGCAAGAGAUGCCGAAGCACUUUCCAUCUUAUCCAUGGAUAGUAAAGAAUCACCAAGAAGUAAUUUUAAUCAAGUUCAUCGUAUAUGUACACAAGCCCCAAGAUCACAAGAAUCACSCAUUAUUUCUCUUCCCACAAGACAGCCUGUGUAUUUUUCAUUCAUACCAAGCGAGGAUUGUUUUCCUUUCUUAGUGUUACAAACUCCUGUGUUGCAUGUUCCAUUCUGAUGCCACCCAAGGCCCUACAUGCUUACCAUACCAACACAAAGACGCAAUGUCGAGCGUUUUUGCCUGAAUUUAUUUUGCAAGUCGAAAGCAAGKUGGGCCACUUUCUAUCCUAUCGUACGAUACCGAUUUUCUAUUUCUGAAAGCAAGAAYGGUGUCGAAAUUGGGAUGAGAGUUUUCUCAUUCUACAAAAUCGCUAGUCACUCGGAGGGGUCAACCACGCACAGAAAAAUCGUAUUAAAACUACAACUAGUGCUUCCGGUUGCUGCGAUGCGAGGCAGGCAGAUUCGGCAGAUUCCCAUUGGCAUUAUUGCGAACAAUUUCAAAACGGAUUCAACUAGAUCUUUCCUUUCUCUGAUUGAAUGCUCUUGGGCUGCCCAUGCGAAUUCAAACCGAAUCCUUUUUGCCCCUUGUGUCUGAAYACCCAUGGGAUGCUAUUUGCGUUAAAAAAGAUUGGAUACACAA